CCAAUGCACAGAGCAGCCUACCUCCGUUUGCCUGUGCUGCAGAGGGAAUAUUGAACGCAUUCAUUUUAUUUGCCCCAUUGGGAGCAUCAUUUCUAAAAUAGCCUACAAAACUCUUAUACAGAGAAACAGAAGUUAGGCUAUAUUUUUUUGGAAAUAAUCGUCGGCCUAAUGGGUCCACUGAGGAACAGCAACACAACUGAAAGAUUUUUCCUGGACGCAGAUCUUGGAGGAAAGUAACUGCUGAAUUCGGCUAUAGGUUUUUAUCGACUAUUUCGUCUCUAUGUGAUGUGUUUCAUGUGCCUCCGCGCAACGGUGAGGUAGACUUAUUGUCAAUUCCGUGGCUACAUGGGAGUUGUACACAACAAAUAGCCGGUAAUUUAGGCUAUUUUGUGGAUGCAGCGGAUUUUUUCGCAAGUGGAAGUCCGCGGGUGUUUGGAUUAUUUACACAGAGAUGCUACUGCUACCCAUGUUUUUGUUUUUAUCUCAGGCUGGAGCGGCACCCUCUCUGACCGCGGAACAGAUGGACAUGGGGGUGGAUUGGCUGAGUAAGUUUGGGUACCUCCCACCCCCUGACCCGGUGACUGGACAGCUGCAGACCAAGGAGGCGCUGACCAAAGCCAUCAAAGCCAUGCAGAAGUUCGGAGGACUUGAAGAGACUGGGGUGCUAGAUAUAGCCACCCUGGGUUUGAUGAAGACACCAAGAUGUUCCCUCCCGGACCUGUCUGAUACGGAGAUGGCAGUGGGCCGCAAGAGACGAGCCCUGACACCGCAGAACAAGUGGACCAAGAGACACCUCUCCUGGAGGAUACGGACGUACCCGAAAGAGUCUUCCCUGUUGGGCCGAGACACCGUACGAGCCCUCAUGUACUACGCCCUCAAAGUCUGGAGUGACAUUUCGCCCCUCAACUUCCAUGAAGUAGCGGGCAACGAUGCAGACAUACAGAUCGACUUUACCAAGGCUGACCACAACGACGGAUACCCCUUUGAUGGACCAGGGGGCACCGUGGCCCAUGCCUUCUUCCCUGGUGAGAGGUUCACGGCAGGGGACACACACUUUGAUGAUGAUGAGGCCUGGACAUUCAGAUCUCCAGAAUCUCAUGGGAUGGAUUUGUUUGCGGUGGCAGUGCAUGAGUUUGGUCAUGCUAUUGGCCUGGCCCAUACGUCAGCCAUUGAGUCCAUCAUGAGACCAUACUACCAGGGCCCUGUGGGGGACCCACUGAAGUACAACCUCCCUUAUGAGGACAAGGUCCGUGUCUGGCAGCUCUACGGGGUGAGAGAUUCAGUGUCUCAUACAGUGCGGCCAGAUGACCCCUCCCAGACAGCUGAUUCACCUGUACUACUGGACCUGCCAGAGAACAGAUCUACAGUCCAGCCAGCGCGAGAUUCCCCUGACAGGUGCACCAGUCACUUUGAUGCAGUGGCCCAUAUUCGCGGGGAGGCUUUCUUUUUCAAAGGGAAGUACUUUUGGCGUCUGACACGAGAGAAGCACCUUGUGUCUCUGCAUCCGGCACAGAUUCACAGAUUCUGGAGAGGCCUGCCCAUCAACCUGGACAGUGUGGAUGCUGUCUACGAGAGACCUGGAGACCACAAGAUUAUCUUCUUCAAAGGACUUCAGUAUUGGAUAUUCAAGGACACCAAUGUGGAAGAGGGUUAUCCUCGGCCAAUCAGUGACUUUGGUCUGCCAAUGGAAGGCGUGGACGCCGCCUUUGUGUGGCUCCACAAUGACAAGACCUACUUUUUCAAAGAUAACCACUACUGGCGCUAUGACGACCAUCUAAGGCGUAUGGAUUUGGGAUAUCCCAAAGACAGCACACUGUGGAAGGGGGUCCCAGCCCAACUAGAUGACGUUAUGCGAUGGUCUGAUGGCAGCUCAUACUUUUUCAAGGGGAAGGAAUACUGGCGUGUGGUGGGCAGUGAUAUGGAAGUGGAGGCUGGGUACCCAAGGUCCAUAGGAAAGGACUGGCUGUUGUGUUCAGAGAUGCAGUCGGACUCCCCGGCCACAGACACCAACAACACAGCCGAAACGCGGCUGCAUGGCCAACACCACGCCGACCACGCCAAAGAGGGAGAGGUGUGCUCCUGUACCUCCGACUCCGCCUCGCCCCUGGGAGCCCGAUCCUCUCGCUCCCCGCUUGGGCUUCUCUUGACUUUCUCUGUUGUAGUGUCCUACAUCAAUCUAUGAUGUAAGCAGAGGGGAGCAGCCUCAGUCUGUGAUAGGAAGUACAGCAGCAGAUCUCCAGAGAACAAGGGAGUGGUUGAAAGGGCUUUUGGCCUGGGUACUGCCAGACCAGCUACACCGUUGAAUCAAAACGAUGACUGGAUGUAUUUGUUGUUAUUGUUAUAUAAUUAUCCUAAUUGAUAUCCUUAUUGGUAUUUUUUUUUUUUUUUGUGUUUUGUUAUUUAUUAUACAAUAUGUUUCUUAAUGGAUCAAUGUGUUUUCAAAAUAUUUAUGUUUAAAUAACUGCCCAAUGUUUCCCGAUUUCUAUGAAAUAUUACCUGUAAUUAAUCAUAAUAUGAAAUAAUUUUCUUUCCCUGAAAUUGUUUUGGUAAUUACAAAUGUUAAAACCAGCUUUAAUGUGUUAGAAUGGUGUAGGUGUAUAAUGCCAUUAAAACAGUUACAUGAUUAGACCACAUCCUCUAUGAGGAAAAAAAAAAGGUAACAGUUUGUUUGAGAUAUAGGUUUUAGUUUUUUGGUGGGGUUUUUUUUGGGGGGGGGGGUUCCAACUUAAAUUCUUUGCUUUUAAAAGUGAGGUUUUCACUGGACAGUUAUUUAAAACAUAUAUACUGGAUGGGAUAUAAUAAUGUAGAAUUGGGAAAACAUGACAAUAACGGAAAUAGUUUAUCAAUGUAAAGAUAAUAAUAACAAGUUUAUGAAAGAGAAUCUUUUGUGAAUGAGCGGUCUAGCUGGAGAAUUGGUACACUGGGAUGCCGCGUGCCCUAUCGCCUUGUCCUGCAAUCACUAUAAGUGCUUUAAAAAUCUUCAAACACA